AUGGACGGGACUAUUAAGGAGGCUCUCUCGGUGGUGAGCGACGACCAGUCCCUCUUCGACUCCACGUACGGAGCGGCCCAUCUCCCCAAGGCCGACAUGACCGCCUCCGGGAGUCCUGACUACGGCCAGCCCCACAAAAUCAACCCCCUCCCGCCGCAACAGGAGUGGAUUAACCAGCCGGUGAGGGUCAAUGUCAAGCGGGAGUACGACCACAUGAAUGGAUCCAGGGAGUCUCCGGUGGACUGCAGCGUCAGCAAAUGCAGCAAGCUAGUUGGCGGAGGCGAGUCCAAUGCCAUGAACUACAACAGCUACAUCGACGAGAAGAAUGGUCCCCCUCCUCCCAAUAUGACCACGAACGAGAGGAGGGUGAUCGUCCCCGCAGACCCCACGCUGUGGACGCAGGAGCACGUGCGGCAGUGGCUGGAGUGGGCCAUCAAGGAGUACGGCCUGAUGGAGAUCGACACGGCCUUUUUCCAGAACAUGGACGGCAAGGAACUGUGCAAAAUGAACAAGGAGGACUUCCUCCGAGCCACCUCCCUCUACAACACGGAAGUGCUGUUGUCACACCUCAGUUACCUCAGGGAAAGUUCACUGUUGGCCUAUAACACCCCCUCUCACACAGACCAGUCCCCACGGCUGAGUGUCAAAGAAGAUCCUUCUUACGACUCAGUCAGGAGAGGAGGGUGGAGCAAUAACAUGAAUUCUGGCCUCAACAAAAGUCCUCCCUUGGCAGGAGCACAAACGAUGAGUAAGAAUACUGAACAGCGGCCCCAACCAGAUCCAUAUCAGAUCCUGGGCCCAACCAGCAGUCGCUUAGCCAAUCCCGGAAGUGGGCAGAUCCAGCUUUGGCAAUUCCUCCUGGAGCUACUCUCCGACAGCGCCAAUGCCAGCUGCAUCACCUGGGAGGGGACCAACGGCGAGUUCAAAAUGACGGACCCCGACGAGGUGGCCAGGCGCUGGGGGGAGCGGAAAAGCAAGCCCAACAUGAAUUACGACAAGCUGAGCCGGGCCCUCCGAUACUACUACGACAAAAACAUUAUGACCAAGGUGCAUGGCAAGAGGUAUGCCUACAAAUUUGACUUCCAUGGCAUUGCCCAGGCACUGCAGCCACAUCCAACCGAGUCGUCCAUGUACAAGUACCCUUCCGAUAUCUCCUACAUGCCUUCCUACCACGCCCAUCAACAGAAGGUGAACUUUGUCCCGCCCCACCCGUCCUCCAUGCCCGUCACUUCCUCCAGCUUCUUUGGAGCCGCCUCACAAUACUGGACCUCCCCCACGGGCGGAAUCUACCCCAAUCCCAAUGUCCCCCGCCAUCCUAACACCCACGUGCCCUCUCACUUAGGCAGCUACUACUAG